GACAUCACUUCGGAAGAGAACGAGGGAGUGGGAGAGAACGAGAAGGAGAAAGAGAGAGAUGGAGGAAGAAGAGCACGAGGUGUACGGUGGUGAAAUCCCCGACGAAGGGGAAAUGGAAGGCGAUUUGGACCCUAACAGCGGCGAUGUCGACAUGUCCACCGCCGACGACGACGCCGUUAAGGAAUUGGAUGAGAUGAAGAAGCGAUUGAAAGAGAUGGAAGAAGAAGCAGCAGCUCUUCGCGAGAUGCAAGCUAAAGUUGAGAAGGAGAUGGGUGCUGUUCAAGAUCCAGCUAGUGCAGCUGCUUCUCAAGCAAACAAGGAGGAAGUUGAUUCACGAUCUAUAUUCGUUGGCAAUGUUGAUUAUGCUUGUACUCCCGAGGAGGUUCAGCAGCAUUUCCAAUCAUGUGGUACAGUUAAUCGGGUGACUAUAUUAACUGAUAAGUUUGGCCAGCCCAAGGGUUUCGCCUAUGUGGAAUUCCUUGAGCAAGAAGCUGUUCAAGAGGCUCUACUUCUUAAUGAAUCUGAACUCCAUGGACGACAGUUGAAGGUUAUGGCCAAAAGGACCAAUGUUCCUGGAAUGAAGCAGUAUCGCGGAAGGCGUUUCAAUCCCUACCUAGGUUACAGAUCUAGGAGGCCAUAUGUUCCUCCAUAUUUCUACUCACCUUAUGGAUAUGGGAAGGUUCCACGGUUCAGAAGGCCAAUGCGCUACAUGCCUUACUACUGAAAAGAUGGAUGACCAUCGGACCGGCAUUGAUACUUAGUGAAGCGAGACUACUUAUUAUAAUGUGAUUCUCUUCUGAAGGUGUAUUGAGGAUCCUAUCUGCCCACGAAAUUUGAUGUUAGUAUUAUGAAAACCUCUUAUCAGGCAUAAUGGACAUUGUAAUAUUAGCUAUUUGCUGCAAUGCAUGCAACAUCAGCUACUUAAUAGAAAUUCUGUUAAGACGGUCGAAACUCGAAUGUCGAGGAAAUAUUUCCUUGUUCAAGUCUUAUUUCUCCUUGUUGACUAUGGGCUGCUUUUAGCUGUUUAUAAUGAUAUAUACACUUGGUGGUGUGUUGCUCCUA